GCCAAGGAACGUUAUUAAUCUAAUAUCCAAAGAUAAUGAGUUCUCUCUUCCUUGUUGCAUCUGCUUUUGCUAUUCAUUUUGCACUUCUAAGCACUUGUGCUCAAGCAAGACCUUUACCAGAUUUGUCUCUUCUCAAAGCUACAAUAUUAGCUAAUUACGGAAGGAAUCAAAGUCCGCCACCACCAUCACCGGUACCAUCACCAAGAUCCCAAGAGCUAACAACAAUUUACCAGAAACCCUUGCCUUCACCGCCACCACCACCAAAACCCGCGUCGCCGAACGUCCAGCUCGAGAUUAUUGCUUCUCCUGCAUGCAGUGAAGGAGACAGUAUCCCAUGCAAUAAUAAGUACAUAUAUAUGGUAAUGACAGCUGAUAGUAAUUAUGGAAGAACAACAACACCGCCAAAGCUAGCUUCACCGCUACUGGAGUAACUCUUCUUCAUCACCAACAAACAGUUCUGGAACAGGAACGAUCGCCUCCUGCUAGUUAUUUCUUGGCUUUAUCAUCUUAAGCUAGUAUCAAAUGUACUUUAGGACAAAAUAAAUGUAGUAAUAAUAAAAUAUUUUAUAAUAUUAUUAAAUAUAUGUAG